CCGGGGCCUGAACACCCACCACCCAGCAGAAGUCAAUGCUACCGACGGGAACGCACACGGCCGCACCUUCCGACAGCAGAAGUAACGAGGUCGGCAAGAACGGUAGCACCAACACCAUGUCCGGCAGUUCGAUCGACAACCGCAUCACAAUGAUGGAACAGAUGAUCCAGAACCCCCGUUCGGCACCCUCACUGUCCCUGCCGAUCUCAUCGCAGCCGCCAACGAAUCGAUUCAAUCGUACCGGAAGUGGCGGGAUGGGCGGUGGAUCAGGACCCAAUCGACCGUCGUUAGGCCUGAACCUGCCCAUCGUGACCGGCAACCGGCGCAGCGAAUCGGAACUGAAGUUCCAGAAGAUUGUCGACAAAAGUGGACUGUUGAAGAUCAACGAAAAAAUAUACCGCACGCAGCUCAGCGACCUGGAGGAUUUAGGCGAACUUGGGAACGGGACCAGCGGGCAUGUGGUAAAGAUGCGACACAAUCCGAGUGGUGCCAUCAUUGCUGUGAAGCAAAUGAGACGCACCGGAAACGACGAAGAAAACAAACGAAUCAUAAUGGACUUGGACGUGGUGCUCAAGUCGGAAAACUGCAAGUACAUCGUGAAGUGUCUCGGCUGCUUCAUCACCGAUGCAGACGUGUGGAUCUGCAUGGAGCUGAUGACGACGUGCUUCGACAAGCUGCAGAAAAAGUCCAAGAAACCGGUACCGGAAGAAAUACUCGGCAAGGUCACGGUGGCUACGGUACGUGCAUUGGCCUACCUGAAGGACAACCACCGCGUAAUUCACCGGGACGUGAAACCCUCGAACAUCCUGAUCGACGAUCGGGGCAACAUUAAGCUGUGUGAUUUUGGCAUCAGUGGCCGGCUGGUGGAUUCGAAUGCCCGUACACGUUCGGCCGGUUGCGCUGCAUACAUGGCGCCCGAACGAAUCGAUCCAGCAAAAACAGUGUACGACAUUCGGGCAGAUGUGUGGUCGCUCGGUAUAACUUUGGUCGAGCUGGCCACCGGUGUAUUUCCGUACCGUGGCUGUGUGACUGAUUUUGAGGUGCUUACGCAAGUGCUCACCUCCAAUCCGCCCCGGUUGCCCGAAGAUCAACCGUUCAGUCCGGAGUUUCGAGACUUUGUGCAGCUGUGCCUGCAGAAGGACUACCAGGCAAGACCGAAAUAUCCGGAUCUGUUGCGCCACGCGUUCCUGCAGCGUGCCGAACACGACACCACGAUCAACGUGGGCGAAUGGUUCCGCAAUGUGGCUGUUAACUGUGGCAUUCAGCUAACCAGUCCGCAACUGCCUCCGACCGCUUCGUCCGCUUCCGUCACUGCACCUCCGAACUGGGCCGCAACGUCGGAACAAACCAGAAUACCGACACCGCUGGGAAGUUUGACGGAAGCAGUCCAGGCGCAAUCGAACCAGCAAAAGCAAACCAUCGCCAUCGCCGCCUCGUCCAUCCCUAUCAAGUCAACCGCAACGAUCCUAUCCCCUCACAUUGCCAACGAAGCCCCCAGCAACCUCAGUAGCCUUCAGCAACGAUCGCAGCAACAGCAGCAGCAACUUCUCCAGAGCAAACUAAGUAACAUCAGCCUAGCGUCCUCAUCGUCCUCCAUCUCGGUGGCCACCUCAGGAAUCGCACCACCAGUAGCCGCCUCUACCACCACCACGACCACCAUCUACACACCUACCUCUGCGUCUUCCUCUCCGGCCGCGUACGAUCCACGCCGGUCACCUUCGCCCCAGGCCUACUAUUUAGCAAAAAUGCAACCGCCAAUAAGUGCCAUUACUAGCACGAACGUAGUACCAGUAGCGGGGACGGUUGGUGGUGGUGGACUGGAGCGAAACGGGUCGCUCGAAACGGCACGCAAGUACAAACAUUCACCCUUCCUGUCCCGUCGCACCGCCUCCGAGUACGGCAACGGCAGCCCCAAGAAGGAAUCGACACUUAGCAGUUUGGGUCAAAGUAUUUUCAAAAACUUUACGACAUCUCCGUUCGCCCAACGUAAAUCCUUACCGCCGGGUGAAUCGAAGCUUGCCUCUUCCUCUUCUACCGCACCACCGCCGAUGCCUGUUUCGUCCUCGGGCAUCUACGCGAAUGGUGGUGGUGGUGGUGGUGCUGGGUCGAGCAGUAGCAGCAAUCCGUCUUCACCAUUGUUGUUGGUGCGGAAAACUCAGCAGGAUGGGAUGGAUACGGAUACGCAGUACAAGCAUCUGCAGGGUAACACUAGUCCAAUUGUUCUGCAGCGAUUCUAUCACCAGCAGAUUCAGCUGAUCGAGCAGCAAAGGGAAGCACUGCACCAGCAGCAGCACCAGCAAGUUGUUUACGGGUACUCCUCACCAUCUCCAGUUCCUUCGGCAAGUGAAGCGUCGCCCCAUCCUACCCGAUACAGUCCAUUACCCUCACACCGAACCGUACACCAUGGCGUCCAUCCAGUACUCAGCAAUGCCACGCUACCACACCAAAGCGCUAUCCCGCUCUACGUUCAUCAUGAACCGGUGGUGGUGACAGGGAUAGCACCACCAUCAUUGCCCGCGUCCGGCAUUCCCGUGUACCAACAAUCCGGUGGUACCGUCGGAAGUCCGAAGCACAAAUCUUCCUCCUCGUCCCUAUUUAACACAUUCAGUCGCGGCAUGAAAAGUGCCGGUCGGAGUGAUAAGGUGAUCGAUCGAGGUGGAUCCACCGCUCCUACAUUGGUGACUGGCGAUCGUACGGUCUAUGCUACCACUGGCCAAACGAUGUACCAUCAUCAUCCACAAUCAGGACAGCCAAGUGCGGCGGCGAUGCUUCAUCGACAAGGAACGCUCAGCAACGGUGGUAGUGGUGGUGUUGGUGGUGGAUUGGUUCCGGAAGGCAGCAAAGAAGAAACAGGAUGGUUCAAUUCCUUUGCAGAUAUGAAGCGAAAAUUUGCCUCGUUUGUGAAGUUUAACCUCAGCAACAAUGGCACCACGGGGACAAGUGGAGCGGGCACCGGUGGUACCGCCACCAUUGGAGACAAGCGGACGCUAAAGGAGAAACAUCUGCUACAACAGCACCAUCAUCAACAACUUCAGCUACAACAACAACAUCAGCACCAGCUUCAGCAGCAUUAUGCAUCGAAUCCUUAUGAUAUGAUGUCCGCAGGAGGAGGAGGAGCAACGUUGAUGACGGGGGCCGGUACGGGUGGGAUGUACGGUACGACGGGAACAUUCCCCGGUCCUGCUUCGACAACGUCCAUGGUAGUGCAACCUCCUUCCGCCAUACCGCCCAUGGCACACGUGCUCAACAGUCCUGCAACCGAUCGACGGCACCGCAGUCCAGAUCCUCCACCGAGAUUAAACCGUGGUCAAUCACCUCUACUUCUGCAACGGAAACUGGAACAGCUCGGUCACACCGGUUCGCCAUUACUGGCCAACAGAAGACCCUUCAAUUCUACCUCCCCAUCACCUCCCUUACCGCCUCGUCGCGGUUCGGAAAGUGUGCCCGGUUCACCGCAACAUUUGCGUGCCCGCAUCAACUACACCCCGGAACCGCACCGACGUCCCUACCGCACCACGAUCGAUCAAUGAGUGGGACUACAAAUUCUGGCCAUGUGAUCGAUGUACACCUUCCUCGAAUAGCGGAUGUUUG